CUUGAAACAGAUAAUUAGAGAUACGACAUCACGAUACACAUACACCGGUAUGUUGAAUUUUCAGCUAAAAUUUGACACAUAUCGCGCUUGACGUCACGCUGGAAUCACAAUGUUGUCUUGGCCAUUAGGAUUUUCUCCAAUAAUAGGUAUACGACAUGUUGAAGCAUUUCUGUUAUUUUUGCUAUUAACUAUAGCUAUUGGAAUGCGAGUACAACUAGCUAUAGCUCUAGUUGCUAUGACAGAUAAAUCUAGUAGUCCUAAUAAGGAUGUUCCAACAUAUGAUUGGACAAAUACUAGUACACUCUUGUCUUCAUUUUUAUGGGGAUAUCUAUUUCUUCAAGUACUAGCCGGGAAUUUGGGAAGAAUAUACGGUACAAAAUACUUUCUCAUGAUAGCAAUGGCGAUAAACUCGAUUCUUCAUUGUCUACUACCUAAAAUGUCCGAAUUACUUGGUUCUUACGGAGUCAUGUUAUGUAGAAGUUUGCAAGGAAUUUCUCAGGGAUUUUUUUAUCCCUCUAUUUACAAUUUAUUACCAUUGUGGUCUCCAAAAAACGAGAUGUCUUCAAUUGCUUCUUUAGUUUUUGCUGGUGCCCCGUUUGGUUCAAUUGUUACCAUGCCCAUAGUAGGAUACAUUUCAUCCACCUGGUAUGGAUGGCCAUUUUCUUUUUAUGUAUAUGGUGGAGCAGGUUUUUUAUGGAUAGUCAUUUAUUAUUUCUAUGGAGCGGAUAGUCCAGAUAAACACCCGGCGAUAUCCAAAGAAGAGAAGAACUACAUUUUAAAGAACGUAGAAAAAAAAGAGCAGGUCAAGUUGCCGUUUAAGAAAAUAUUGACUAACCUUUCUUUUUGGACAAUUUUAAUCAACGCAGUGACUCAGUUUUGGUGCUAUCAAACUUUAAUCUCAGAGACGCCAACAUAUAUGAAUAAAAUUAUGAAAUUUAGUAUAGAUACCAAUGGUCUUUUGUCGUCAUUACCAUCCAUUGCCAGUUUUAUAAUAAUGAUAGUAGCUGGUUAUUUAUCAGAUAUUCUCAUUAAUAAGAAAUUAUUAUCUGUUUUAUGGUCCAGAAGGAUAUUUAAUUUUGUAGGAUGCUUGGGUCCAGGAUUGGCAUUGCUAACACUAGCAUUAAUACCCUCUGACGCUAUAAAUACAUCUGUUGCGAUGCUUGUGAUAUCUACUGGUAUGCAAUCUUUCACAGUGCCUGGGGUGCAAUUGAAUCUGAUGGAUAUUGCACCAUCAUUUUCGGGAGUCCUUCUUGGAAUGGUUAACAGUACUGGAAGUUUUGUUUCGAUUUUUGGGCCAUUAUCUGUCCAGUUCAUUGUACAGGAUCAGACGAACAAAUCACAAUGGGAGAUAAUAUUUCUGAUAGGUACAGCAAUGUAUAUAUUACCAGCCAUAUUAUUCUUAUUCACUUCGUCUGUCGAAAUUCAAGACUUCGAUCCAGCUAAAAAGGAAGCCAAAAGGGAAAGAAUGAAAAAACAAUCUGUAAUAUCUAUUAUCUCAAUAAGAACUGUUAUACAAGCCAUAAUGGCUGUUGUGUUAGUUUGUAAAACAGUCCUGGUUGCAUUAAUGAUUGGUAUAAUAGGAGCCGGUUGCAUGAAUGAGUUAAAUUACAUGAACCUUGAAGAUAUACAAGAUAACAACGGAGCUAAUAGACAUCUAGUUUGUUCACCGUGUCAGGUGAAAAUAUUCUCAAUUGAAACAUUAAUCUCUUUAUGUUCAAAUUACCAAAAUGGUAACUGCACCAUACAAAAAGUUGGUAGCCUAAAAUUGGAAGCUCCGAAACUUUACGGAUGGAGAUUAACCACAGUUGCCAUCGAAGACAUAAUAAAUAACAAGUUAGAACGAGGCAGAAAAAUUGUGGGGGAUAUACCUAAUACCUUUCAACCACACGAUUUCGAAUGUAUAUUUAGUCAUUUGAAGUAUAAUAUUAUACUUAUUAAUAAACGUAAGAGGAAAAGGUCAAAUAGAUGGAAGAUGAUUGACGAAUAUGAGGUUUUAAAAAUGAGCAUAAGUGGAUUGAAUGUAGUUUAUGUACCAGUUGCAAACGAAGAGAAAGACAAUCCAUCGACUAGUGUGCCGAUUUUGGGAGUUCGGCAUGUUCAGAUUUUUUUCCUAUUUACGUUGCUUUCCGUUGGCGUUGGAUCCCGAGUUCAGUUUUCUGUCGCGAUUGUAGCCAUGACAGACAAUUCGACAACCACAAAUCCUAACGUACCGGUGUAUGAAUGGAGCAACAAGAAUAUUAUUCUUUCUGCUUUCUUCUGGGGAUACGCCGUCUUACAAGUAAUUGGUGCUAAUUUAGCAAGAAACUAUGGAGCGAAGCCUUUUUUAUUAGGAGCAAUGGGAUUGAAUACUGGUAUACAUUUUUUGAUACCUUUCGUGGCGGGUUGGUGGGGCUCGUACGGUUUGAUGGUUUGCCGCUUAAUACAAGGUUUGGUACAGGGAAUAUUUUAUCCGUUACUUUAUAAUGUGAUUGCCAAAUGGAUUCCGGCUUCGGAGAGGUCAACAAUGAGCUCCAUCAGUUUAUCCGGUGGUCUUUUCGGAGUAAUUUUCGCCAUGCCGAUAGCAGGAAUCAUAUCUUCGUCAUGGGCUGGUUGGCCAUGGUCCUUCCAUUUAUAUGUUAUUUUAGGAAUAUUGUGGAUGAUAGGAUACGCUUUAUGUGGUGCCAGUUUACCUUCUUCUCAUAAUCGUAUCUCAUAUGCCGAACGGAAAUAUAUUGAAGAUCAUUUAGCGCCCGAAACUCCUGAACUGAAUAUACCAUGGCGAGGUAUUUUCACUAGCUUACCAUUCUGGGCAACUUUUAUUUGUGUAGCUGGACAUACUUGGGUCUACCAAAUGAUAAUGGUGGAAAUGCCUAACUAUUUUAAUAAAGUAAUGAAGUAUGAUAUGACAGCUAAUGGUUUGGUAUCGUCAAGUCCCUACAUAGCAUCUUUUUUGCUACUGUUUGUUUUUGGUUAUUCAGCUGAUUACAUUAGUAAUCGAAAUAUAUUGACCAGAACUGGUACUCGAAAACUUUUCACUCUUCUCGCUAGUGUUGUUCCUGCCAUUGCCUACGUGAUAUUAAGUUACGCACCUGAUGAUAAACCUAUUAUAUCUGUGGUAAUGUUAAUAAUAGCCAUAUCAGGAGAUAUUGCUUCGGCCUGCGGAUUUGCUAUAAAUCAUAUUGAUUUGUCCCCUAAUUUCGCAGGAGUUCUAUUAGGAAUUUGCAACACAGUGGCCGAGAUGCUCUCUAUUUUUGGCCCAACAGCUGUACAUCUGAUUGUUACUGAUGAAUCAGAUAAAUCUCAAUGGAGGAUAAUUUUCCUGGCAUCAGCAUUAUCAUUUCUUGUCAGUGGUAUUUUAUUUCUAUUUUUUGGAUCAGCUGAAGUUCAGCCUUGGAAUCAUGUCAAAUUGAAUGAAGACGUCUCCAUGGAAUUAAUCCAACAACAUAAGGAGGAAGUAAUUAUGACGACAAAUUGUUGACAAAUGAAAAAUAUGCAGAUUUCUGGAUUUCGGAUACUAAAUUUUUCAGUUGAUACUAAUAAAAGAGGCGUUUGUUUCAUUUGUGUAUUAUAUACUAAAGAAGUAAUUAUUCACUAUGAACCGUAAUUCAUAUUUUUAAUAUCAAUUCAAAAUUUGGUUGGGCUCCUAAUCAUCCUAAUCAAGUUAAUUAUAUAUAAACAGGGAUGACAAAAUUUGAAUAACAGUAAAUGUGAUACUAGGGAUACUACCAUACUACCUAACUCUUUUUUUUUUAAUUAAACCACAAAAAAUAAACUUAUGAUAUACGAGGCGGUAGUUGCUUGGAAAAUACCACUGAAUUAGAAAGUACACAAUCUAUUCAGCAAAUGUUUCAAGUCAAGCCACGUUGUUUAGUAUUUGUUUGACACCUAUCAAUGAAUGUUUUUAAUGAAUUCUAAACCUGGAAAAAUUUAUUGUUGUUAUGUGAUACAAAACUUUUAUUUGGGACGCUUUAACUGAAAAUUUGGACAUGAGAAAACUGUGUGCAAGACGGGUGCCGCGUUUGCACACAAUCGUAGUAAAACAGCGUCGUGAAGAUGUUUCUAUUGAGUGUUUGGCAAUUUUUACAGAAAUUUUUGCUCCGUUUUAUACUUAUGGAUGAAAAGUGGAUCCAUCACUUCACACCUGAAACAAAAAAACAAUAGAAACAAUAGACUGAAGAGGCUCCAAACAGUUCCAUUUGCAGUCAAGGUCACAGCGUUAGUUUUUUUGAGAUGCGCGUGGGAUAAUUUCCAUUGACUACCUAGGAAAAGGAAAAACUAUCAACGGCGAGUAUUGUGCGAACUUAUUGUAAUGUUAUUGCAAUGGCCAAAAUUAAAGAUUUAAAGUUUGAAUCGCUUCCUCAUGCACCCUAUUCAUCAGAUUUAGAGGUGAUGUCGGCAGUUAAUGGCUAUUUUGAGGAGGUUGACAAUUUUUAUCAUAAAAAAGUGUAUCAAAGUUAUUGAACAUCACUGGGAAAAGUGUAUGGAGCUGAAAGGGAUUUAAAAAUAAAUAUAUCCUUUUUUCCCUUCUAUUCUGUGUAGGUGCUGAGCAGCUCUGACCCAACCCACAACUCUAAAAGAAGGACAAUUCACUGUCGCAAAUAACUUUUUCAAUCCAACUUUUGUGGAGUAACUCUAUUUGAACUCAGUUUAUGUUACUUUUCAAUUCUAAGUUGAGAAAAAACAAGCUUAUUCAUCACUAGAUUACACCCACACAAAUCUGAUAGUUGUCCAAAAUUAAAUAUGAUUAAAUUUGUAUGAGUGUAAACUCAAUUUUACGUAGAAAAAUAUGACGAAGACAAGAAGAAUAAUUUGUCUAAGCCGGAUUUCUUUAGAAAAACGAUAUAAUGAAUACAAGUUAUGAGUGAAGUUACUUAGCACUUCUAGCUAGCUUAAAUUUAUUUUUUGCAGUUACAAGUCGACUUGUCAAAAUUUUUUAUUACAUAAUCUUGUCUAAACUGUAUUGAAAGGAAUUCUUUAAUAUUCUUUGUUGUCGGUUUAUUCUGUCAUAAAUAAACGCUUUCGAGGUGGAUCAAUUUCGUUUACGAUAUUUUCCCCUAAUAUUCCCGUCCCAGUACCUCAUUGGAAAAUGCGAUGAAAACGAUAAUUUGAAGGUGACAAAAAAAACGAUGUUUGGGUGAUUUACUUUGUUAAAACGCAAUCUCAAAGAUAAAUAAUGAAGAAUUCUUUAUACAAUGAUAAUACCAUGAAGUGUGGGCGUUUUAAAUUUUAUCCCACCACUUUCGAAUGUAUACAUCAAACGCCCACACUUUUUGUUGUUACUAGUUUUGCACUCACUACAAUAAUUUUAUCUCUAUCAUAUUGAGUGUUAAUAUCCAUGACAUUGAAUGUGAACUCAACUGAAUAGUGGAUUUUCCAAAUAAUUAUUGUAGAGUUAUCAUUUCUAUAUGAUCAGCUUAUAUUUCUGUACUUAUAUGUUAUUCAACUAUAUCGCCACCAUAAUACAACAUUUGAAUAAUUCUUAAAGACGAAUUGUACGAAUAUUUUUUAAUUUUUAGUGUAUUUUGAAUAAAGUGUGUUUUUUUCAA